GUUGCUACCAUGUCAGCGGGUCUAGGAGGGCUGGCUUUCCGUACACGUGCCCUCUCUACUUCACUGAGCAACCGUCUGCUGUCCUCUCCAGCAUUGGAACCCACGAGCCGAGACCUUCUCAUUUUACUUCAUCGAUCAAGCCUUGCUACCUCGAACCUACCUCGAUGUGUCACUUGGACAUUGACGGAGAGCCCGACAAGCAGAAGGGAACAAUAGUGGUGUAUCCACCAUGGCCACCAAAGCCACCGAAGCCACCGAAGAAAUAAUACAUUGGACACCGCUAGAGCCACUAGUCGAGUGUCAUCUGGUUCCUCUGAUCGUGGCAACGGUCACAGGUGUGUGGACGCCCUCCUUCGAACCCCGUCACUGCGUCUGCCGCGAAUACAUAUGGGCUCGUGGGAUAAUUACGAUCCAUUUCAUCGAUGGCGUGGAGAAGCAUUCCAUGCUCAGGGUCAUCCGCGAUCCCAACGCGAAGCGGACAGCAGAGACUGUUUUGAAGCUCGGUAAUAAAAGGGCAAUAAGGGAGUGUCUGUGUCAGUAAAAGAGGAGCAAUUACAACUACAGUGUGAUGGGACGAAGGCUCAUCCUGUCUCUGCCCUUCAAUUGGACACAUGGUCCUGCUUCUCAGUUGUCGAAUAACAUGAUAGCACUCAAGAAUCUGACAUACUUUCUCCACU